AUGCUCCAGAUAUUAUGGAUUUUAUCUUUGGUUCUUCUUGUGUUUGUCCUUUUUCUGACGCAGAAGGGGAAGGAUCCGUACGGGACAUUUCAUCUAGCUCUCAACAAGGUGCACGAAGAUGAAAGACAUCCACAGACUGAAUGGCUCAACAUGGGCUAUUGGAAGAAUACCAGGAUCUUUCCCGAGGCUUGCCAAGCCCUGGCCUUACACUUGGUCACAGCUGCAGCCCCUAUAGCAGGUGGUCGCGUGCUGGAUGUUGGCCAUGGUAGCGGGGACUCUCUCCUGUUGCAGCUUUCCCACCCUGCGAUACCUCGACCUAGCCUUCUGUGCGGAAUAACCAGCCUUUCAGCACAUCAUAUACGCUCGAAACAACGGGUGGAGGACUUCCUGUCUUCUGAUGCAAGUAUGAGAGGCCAAACACGCGUAAUUCUACAUCAAUGUGAUGCUGUUUGUAGUGUCGACAGCAAUGUGGAACACCCCUUGUCCCCAUCAGCUUCUGAUGAAUUUACUACCAUCCUCGCACUAGACUGUGCAUACCAUUUCCACACGCGCUUCGACUUCCUUCAGCAAAGUUAUCCUCGUUUGGCACCAGGCGGACGGAUUGCCCUUGCAGAUAUAUGUUUCUCGUCCUCGCCGAAUAGGUUCUUAUCUUCCCUGCUCCCCAUUAUUCGUAUCAUGCCCAGAGAGAACAUGAUCACAAAAGAGCAGUAUAUCAAGGACCUACAAGAGAUCGGGUUUGUUGAUAUCAGCGUGGAGGAUAUCACUGACUGGGUAUUUCCGGGCUUUCAGAGCUUUUUGGGGAAGCAAGGUGGGGCGUGGAAGUGGUUCGGUAGGAUGGUUGGAUGGUUGGAGAGGUGGAAGGGGCGUUUCGUGAUUGUGACUGCGGCAAGACCUGUUUACCUCCUUGAAUAG